AUGAAGAAGGCCGUCCUAAAAAGCAAAAAAGACAAACAAAUCGACUUCAACAUCAAGUCAUCUGUGCAUAACUUGAGCAAAACUCAGCAGACCAAACUCACUGUGGGGAACCUGGGCCUAGGCCUGAUCAUCAUCCAGAAUGGGCCCUACCUUCAGAUCACCCACCUCAUCAGGAAGGGGGCUGCGGCCAGGGAUGGAAAACUCAAGCCAGGUGAUGUUCUGAUUAGUGUUGGCCAUGCCAACGUGUUAGGAUAUACUCUUCGAGAAUUUUUAAAACUUUUGCAGCAAAUCACCAUAGGAACAGUGCUACAAAUCAAGAUUUACCGAGAUUUUAUUGAGAUACCCCAAGAAUGGCAAGAAAUCUCUGAUUUAAUCCCUGAGACCAAAUUCCCAGUAACAUGCCCAACAAAGAAAACUGAGCAGGCAAAAGACGACCCUUUAGCAAGCAGUGAUGACAACGAAGAUGUAGUUUCAGAUAAGAAACUUAAGUAUUAUAAAUAUCCAGGGUCCACUGGGCCUCAGUCUGCAACGAGACCAAUGUCUAUCUCUAGAGAGUGGCAUGGAUAUAAAAAGAAGAACCGUACUAUCAGUGUAGGGAAAGACAUUAACUGUGACGUGAUGAUUCACAGAGACCACAAGAAGGAAGUGAGAGCCCCUUCUCCAUACUGGACAAUGGUGAAGCAUGACAAUGAGAGCUCGUCCUCCUCCACAGCCUCCUCCACCUCGGAUGCAUUUUGGCUGGAAGACUAUGCCCAAGUUGAAAAGUGCAAGGGUCAACCUGUCUCAAAAGUUGCUUAGGCAGCAGUUUGCACACUGGUGAUCACAUAAGCAUCUAUCCUGAAAACACCCAACUUUUGUGCAUUGCUCUGUACAGGUUUGCUAUACUUACAGGAAUAUGUGCAGACUUAAAAAUUCUUUCCCAAGUGCAUGGUAAUGCCUUCAGAGACCUUCUUCCACAUACUAUCUGAACACUUCCCUGGUGCCGGACAGGCCUCACCACCUUAUUCUCAAAAAAGCAACAUCAGUCACAUCAUUAACACACUCCCUUCUGACAAGAAUGUCUCAUCUUUUACAAAAUGCAGUGGAGGAACCCAGGAUCAGAAUGUAUGAACAUAGAGAGAAUUUCACUUUUUAAGGUAGAGCUGUUGUUGAGAAGACGGCUGAGACCUCUAUGAUGCAAGAGGAGUCGACAUUUUUAAUAUAGAAAGAACUGGGAAAACCCACUGAUUUUGGAUUUAUUCUGUAGUUCAUGUAUUUGUUAGGUACAAUAGGGAAUACAAAAAGGUGUAAGACGUCGUCCUUGCCCUCAAAACAGCUGAAUCUCACAAUAUAUGUGAAAAAAAAAUAGCAAUAGAAGGAGGAAUGUGUUGGGCUGAGAUGAAUGGAUAUCCCAUGCAGGACUGGCAUGACAGAGUUUAUUUCUUGGGAGGAGAAUCACAUGAAAAUCACCUCUCAGAAUUUUAAAUGGUUUGAUCUACUGGGACUUUAGCUGAAUGAGGAAGACACACACACGGAGCUGACCAGGAAGCCAUCUGCAGACUCGACGGGAAGGAGCCCUCCCGCCUCCGCAUCAGGCAGACAGCCACCAAACCGCAGGAUUGGGACAUAUACAGCCCAAGGGAGCUUGUGCAUUCCUUCUGAGACGGGAUCAUUAAGGUCAAAUUAUUUGAUGUAAAAUCAGAAGUUUUCAUUCACUCACGUUUACAACAUCGGCAUCAGCAACGGAGUCUAUCUGCUGAAGGACGGUGGCUGGUGGUGUGUAUGAUCCCGCACCCAGCGCCUGGGACCCGACUUCAUCCAGGAACCCCUCAGAAGACUCCACUGACAUUAGGUAGCCAGCUUUCAGCUUGUUCCUGUCCAGUAAAAGGUAUGUAACUAAGGCAGAAGCCAGUUUUAUAAGAGCAAGGCAAUUUGAAAGUAUGUCCUCAAACCAAAUAAAGUAUGUUUUCAAACACAAACAUGUUUUGGUAAAUACACAAAUGAACAGUUUUGGAAAUCUUACAGGGCUAAAGGCCUCCAUUCUGUCUUCAGUUCAUCAAUUAUGUGAUUAUGUGAUUAUUUAGAAAGCUGUCAAUAUGAGAUUAUACUGGAAACCCAACAGACUGCCUUUUGAUUUUAGACUAGAACUUAAGACUAUUUUAAUGUGAAGUUUUGAUUAGUGAAGUAACUCUUCCUCCAAAU